GUUCUUUGUUGAUAUUCAACAAUGCAAUGUCAUGGAAUGUCCGCUUGAAAAAAACUACUAGUCCCAAAAGGUGUUUUGGGCGAACGGAAAAAACGACACAGCAGACCUAAUGCGACUUUUCAUUUCGGAUACGUUGAUUGGGUUACUUCUUGCAUCGGUAAAACGUAUAGCCUGUCAAAUACAAAUGCGAGGAGACAUCGGUGUAAAAUGCAAAAUGCUCCCGCCUCCACUGAUGAAAAAGCGGGAUCAAUGUGAUAUGUGUCUCGGUUGACCAUUCAGAGGAAGGUUUGCUAGUGGGAAACCAAUCAAAUGGCUGUGUAACUGUACAUUAGCGACCAGACUGUUUUGAUGCAGUUUCAGUAGCGAAUAUUUUAAUAUGAACAUCUAACGAAAACAAUGAUUGACGAAUUCAUUGCUGUAUUUUUGGGAACAGGCAAAGACAUGGUCAUCUACAUCACAUAUUCCUGUAGAGUAUGAACAAUAAUGUAGCGUGCCGUGUUGUUAUUACGUAACUUAUUCACAUCUGGCCACGCUGUUAGCUAACUGUUUUUAGCCUAACUGGCUAACUAUUAACGAUAGCUUGGUACCUGGAAUGUUGCUGGCAUUGAUUUAGGAAAAUUACUGUACCGCCGAAUUUUUCUCAAUCUCAAGAAUCCUUAAAUGGCACAGAAGCUGGACCUUUUUGUCGUAAUUUUCUUUACUUCUACCAAUCUUAUGUCUACAGUAGUGUUGUAGCUAGACGAUGUUAGUUACAACGAUAAAUCGUUAGCUGUGUGGUUUUUUGCAAAGCUGGCACUUGAGGGCAAGUAAGUUAUUUCCGAAGCUGCCAGUGACUCGAUCACUGCGGUCGUGGCCGAAAUGGACUCCCAAAAUAUACCUUCGCUAAAAUCUGAGCGGUGACAUUGCCUAUUCUUGUGUAACCACAUAGCUAGAGGAAUACUAUAACUAGCUAAUUUUGUCAGUUUAAUUUUCUAUGACAUACUCAACUUACGCACGACUAGAUUCGGUGGAAUCGCUUCUCAACGAACUUCCCUAUAUGUUUUAUCUGGGCCUCUUCUUUGUGAACGUUUUGAUUUUGUACUAUGCGUUUCUGAUGGAAUACAUCGUCCUGAAUGUAGGAAUUGUGUUUCUACCCGAGGACAUGGACCAGGCGUUAGUGGAUCUCGGGGUGUUGUCUGACCCGGCCUCCGGCCCGUAUGACACAGAUACAGAACUGGAUAUGUUCGAGGGAUAUUUGGAGUGAGCUUGGCCGGUGUUGGGUGGCAUUGGAGAGGUGCCGCUUUAACGCCGUCUCGUCAAGGGAAAUGGACUAUGUUGAUAGUUGAUGACCUUUUAAUUUAAUCUAGGAGUUACAGUGAGACCACAACCUAGUUAACAAAUGAGUCCUGAUAUGCUGAAAAUACAGAAAUAAAAAAAUCUACAUACAAAAUCUAAGAAUAAAGAAAACUGACGAUGAUGGUGGGAGAAACUGAGCCUGGAAUGUCGAGGAGAUUUAUGUUGGCUUGGAGCAACACUGGCAGUGUUAUGAAAAAGUUGUCUAGGAUCAAGAGAAGAUGAAACCGUCACACUAACAGGACUGUUCUCUGUGGAGCUGCAGGUGUCUAUCAGAAGAGUCUUAUUGGCCAAUCAACAAGCAGGUUAUAGAGCAGCAAUCAGGGAAACUGCUUAGAGCAGAGCCACAAAGAAGACUAACAGGCCUACUCUGUAUUCCGUGCCAUUAUUACAUCUGUUCAGCAUGGCAGAGCCAUGAAGAAGGAAAGAGUUCUCAUCUGUGUUCUGUGCCACUAUUACAUCUGUUCAUGAUGGGCAGAGCCAUAAAGAAGGGAAGAAGUCUCUCCUGUGUUACUUUGCCAUUAUAACGUCUGUUCCGCAUGCUCUGACCCAGUAGGUCAUCUCCGUGUUUAGUAGUUCAUUCAUGGGCUGAUGACCCAGUUGGAGUGCUGCAUUCACUGCUCGUCAGAUUGACCGGGGAAAUGACUAUUGAGACACAUAUUUGAGCUCGAAAGGAAAGAAAGAACGGCAACACAAAGUUUCUGACAGGCUAGUCCUAGAGAAAUAUAUAUUGCUGUAGCUAAUGCGAGACAGGUUUUGUUAUUCUGUGGGGAUAACAACCAAAGUUCAAUUCAGUAUUUAGGCUGUUCUUUAACACUUCUAAUCAGUAUUUGUUUUCUGCUCUUUAAAAAUGCACUUUGAAAUCUUGGCCAUGUUUGUUGACAUAUCAGUGGGGCAAAAAGAAAGAGUUUCGCACAUUGGGUCAACCCCAAUUUUUCUAGUUGUAAUGACGGGUUGGAUGUUACGCCCC